GAGCGGGCGGGCGGGCAGAGGGAGAAACUCCCCGGUGCAGCCCCGCCGGCCUGCAGGGGAUGGGGCGCUGAGCCGGGCCCCGGGAACCCCGGUACCCCCCCGGCACCCCCCGGUACCCCCCUGCCCCCCCACCGUCCCCCCCACGGCCCCGGGACGCUCAGCAGCUUCCCCGGUGCGCUCCCCCCCCGUGCGCUCCCGGUGCGCUCCCCGUGCGCUCCCCCGGUGCGCUCCCGGCUCAGCCCCCGGUGCCCCCCCGCUUCCCCCCCGGUGGUCCCCCCCGGUGCCGCCCGCACCAUGCCCGAGCAGAUCAGCGUGGCCGAGUUCCUGGCCGUGACCGGCGAGGACCUGAGCUCCCCGGCUGCCGCCGCCUUCGCCUCCAAGAUGCAGAAGUGCCGGGGGGCGGUGGGGGCUCUGGAGGAGAGCCUGGACGGGGACCAAGCCGUGCUCCAGAGAAUAAGGAAAUAUGUGAAAGCCAUUCACGUCUCCGGGCUCACCCACGUGGAUAACGAGGAGCAGUACAGCGAGGCCCUGGAGAACUUCGGCAACAACCACCUCUCGCAGAACAACCACGAGCUCUCCACCGGCUUCCUCAACCUGGCCGUCUUCACCCGCGAGGUCACCGCGCUCUUCAAGAACCUGGUGCAGAACCUGAACAACAUCGUCUCCUUCCCCCUGGACAGCCUGCUGAAGGGGCAGCUGAAGGACGGCCGCCUGGACUCCAAGAAGCAGAUCGAAAAGGCCUGGAAGGAUUACGAGACCAAAGUGGGGAAGAUGGAGAAGGAGAAGGAGCGCGCCCGCCUGGCAGGGGUCAUCCAGGCGGAACCGUCCGCGGCGGAGCUGGCCGAGGACAUGCAGAAGGAGCGGCGGCUCUUCCAGCUCCACAUGUGCGAGUACCUGCUGAAAGCCAGCGAGAGUCAGAUGAAGCAAGGGCCGGAUUUCCUGCAGAGCCUCAUCAAGUUUUUCCAUGCCCAGCACAAUUUCUUCCAAGACGGCUGGAAGGCUGCCCAGAACCUCUACCCCUUCAUCGAGAAGCUCGCCGUGUCCCUCCACGCGCUCCACCAGGCGCAGGAGGAGGAGGUGAAGCAGCUGACGCAGACCCGCGAUUCCCUCCGCAGCCUCCUGCAGCUGGACAGCAAGGAGGAAAACCUGAGCAGGAAGAACUCCGGCAGCGGUUACAGCAUCCACCAGCACCAAGGGAACAAGCAGUACGGGACCGAGAAGUCGGGAUUUCUGUACAAGAAGAGCGACGGGAUCCGCAAAGUGUGGCAGAAGAGGAAGUGCGGCGUGAAGUACGGCUGCCUGACCAUCUCCCACAGCACGAUAAACCGCCCCCCCGUCAAGCUGAACCUGCUGACGUGCCAAGUGCGGCCCCAUGCCGAGGAGAAGAAGUGCUUCGACCUGGUGACGCACAACAGGACGUACCACUUCCAAGCCGAGGACGAGCAGGAGUGCGUCGUGUGGGUCUCGGUGCUGCAGAACAGCAAGGACGAAGCCCUGAGCAACGCCUUCAAGGGCGAGCCCAACGGCGGGGCGGCCUCGGCGGGUGGCGCGGCGGACGGCGGCGUGCAGGAGCUCACCAAGCUGGUCAUCGGCGAGGUGAAGAACAUGCCGGGAAAUAAGCAGUGCUGCGACUGCGGGGCCCCGGACCCCACGUGGCUCUCCACCAACCUGGGCAUCCUGACGUGCAUCGAGUGCUCCGGCAUCCACCGGGAGCUGGGCGUGCAUUACUCCCGCAUCCAGUCCCUCACCCUGGACGUCCUCAGCACCUCCGAGCUGCUGCUGGCCGUCAGCGUCGGGAACACCCGCUUCAACGAGAUCAUGGAGGCCACGCUGCCCACGCAGGACUGCCCUAAACCCUCUGCCGGCAGCGAUAUGAGCGCGCGCAAGGAGUACAUCGUGGCCAAGUACAUGGAGCGGCGCUACGUGCAGCGGGGCGGCCGCGACGAGCCCCACCGCCUCUGGGAUGCCAUUCGCACCCGCGACCUGCUGGCCCUGCUGCAGGCGUUCGCCGAAGGACACGAUUUGGCCAAGCCCCUGGCGAGCCCCGAGGGCCAGGUGAGCCCCGAGGGCCAGGACGCGGGCGAGCUGGCGCUGCACAUGGCCGUGCGCUACGCCGACAGGUCGUCCCUGCCGCUGGUGGACUUCAUCAUCCAGAACGGGGGGACGCUGGAUCGGGUGACGCAGGACGGGAACACGGCUUUGCACUACGGCGCGCUCUACAACCAGCCCAACUGCCUCAAGCUGCUCCUGAAAGGCAAAGCUGCCUUCACCACGGGUACGGGGCCG